AUGAUUGUACAGGCAGACAGACAAUGUAGUGUGAAAGAUGUGAUUGAUAUUAACAAAUUUAGUAGUUCAGAGAAGCUUUUUGGAGUGACAGCAUGCGUGAUGAGAUUCCUACGUAAUGCUAGCGCAGGAGUAAAGAGAGUCGAUAGGCAGUCUGGGGCUCUUUCAGUUGCCGAAAUAAUUGAAGCCGAAAAAAUUUGGAUUAAAGAAGCACAGGCAGAACUAAAAACUGAAAAGAAGUUCACCCAACUCAGUGUGAGUUUAAGGUUGAAGGAAGAGGAGGGUAUCCUUAGGAGCCAAGCGGAUACGUUUUUAUGCUGUUUGAGAAGAUUUGCAGCUAGGAGAGGGGCACCCAGUCUUAUAGUUUCCGAUAACGCUAAAACGUUCAAGGCAGCAGAGAAAGCAUUGAGGAAGAUUUGUAAUGAGCCGAAAGUCAGAUCGGAAUUAGGAGCCAAACGAAUAACAUGGAGAUUCAACUUAGAGAGAGCACCUUGGUGGGGAGGCUUCUUUGAACGGAUGGUGCGCAGUGUGAAAAGGUGUCUUAGAAAGGUGUUAGGGAAUGCAAAGUUGAACCUUGAUGAGCUGAGCACAGUGUUAGUUGAAGUUGAAGGCACAUUGAAUGCGAGACCAUUAACAGAAAAUGAGGUAGUCAUAGGAGCGAGUAGCUGUGGGGAGAGAUUUAAAUAUGUAACGUUAAAGUUGCAGCACUUUUGGAAAAGAUGGAAGGGCGAAUAUUUAACGGGACUUAGAGAGUUUCACAAGUGCACAAACGGAGGAAAGUUAAGGAAGGUCCAGAAAGGAGAUGUAGUGACGGUGUUCGGAGAAGGCGAGAAAAGAUGUACCUGGAAGUUAGCAGUAGUAGAAGAGUUAAUUGUAGGGAAGGAUAAGGAAGUUAGAGGAGCAAAGGUUAGGCUUGCAGGUAAAGGAAAACCACGCUUCUUAAACAGACCAAUUGAGAAGCUUUUCCCAUUGGAAGUUCAAUCUCGACCGGGUGGGGAAAGGGAGGAAAGGGACAUCCCUACAGCUAAGCCAGAGGGAGACCAGCAUGAACGAACAAGACGAGCGGCAGCCAUAAUUUCAAAAGCGAAAACAAAGGCGAUGCUUGAUUCAUAG